GACGCAGCUCAGCUGAUCUGCUGUCAAACUGGAUUAAAAACAAACUUAAAAAGCUGCAACUUCCUGUUGAGAGGCCGUGUGUGUCUGUGGGCCUGUGUGUGUGUGUCGAGUGUGUGUCUGUGUGCUGUGGGCCGGGUCAUGAGACUCCAGGGGUGGGUCUCCUUUACAAAACUCGCAGCUGGAUCCCUCUCUGCAGCAUCCUGGAAGCUCGCGACUGUCAGCGGCCGGAGGCACGUGCGUGUGUUGAGUGCAGCUAACAUGGCAGAGGAGGCGAAGAAACUGGCCGCUUACGCCGCUGUGGAUAACCACGUCCAGAACAACCAGGUGGUCGGAGUGGGCAGCGGAUCUACUAUUGUUUACGCUGUGGACAGAUUAGCUGAGCGAGUGCGUCAGGAGAAACUCAACAUCGUGUGUGUGCCCACCUCCUUCCAGGCUCGUCAGCUGAUUCUGCAGCACGGCCUCACGCUGUCGGAUCUGGACAGGCACCCAGAGCUGGACGUGGCGAUUGACGGAGCGGACGAAGUGGACGCAGAUCUCACGCUGAUAAAAGGUGGAGGCGGCUGCCUGACGCAGGAGAAGAUCGUCGCCGGCUGCGCUAAACACUUCGUUGUCAUUGCAGACUACAGGAAGGACUCCAAGGCUCUGGGUCAGCAGUGGAAGAAGGGAGUUCCCAUCGAGGUGAUCCCCAUGGCGUACGUUCCCGUCUCCAGGACGAUAGCCAAACGUUUCGGAGGGGAGGCCAACUUACGGAUGGCUGUCAGCAAAGCAGGUCCUGUGGUCACUGACAACAGCAACUUCAUCCUGGACUGGAAGUUUGAGCGCGCUCAGAACUGGAAGGAAGUCAACACGGCAAUCAAGAUGAUUCCAGGCGUGGUGGAGACGGGGCUCUUCGUCGGCAUGGCUGAACGGGCCUACUUCGGGAUGGAGGAUGGAAGCGUGCAGAUUCGGGAUCCUCCAGUCAACUGAGGAGUACCAUCUUCACUGUCGCCCCUCCUCAUUAAUGACCUCACUUUUCCCACAAGUGCCGUGUUUAUGAUUUACGCCCGCUCUCACACUGUUUUUGGACACAGCUGCACCUUCUGCAGAACUGGACGAAACAUACAUACAUCUCAGAACCAGAUACAUUUAAGGAUCACUUGGUUUUUCUCAUCCUGCAGGUGGUGCUUCUGACACUGUGAGUUUAAAAGUGCCUGAUGAGUAAAAUCAAGUGCAUCUCUUGUAAUUUUUUUAGUCUGCAUUGCACAGUUUGCAUGCCUGGUUUCACUGGGAAUGUCGGCUCUUACUGUAAUUAGCGGGUUUGACUGAAUGUCUGCAGAGCUGCCGGUGAAUCACUGCAGUGCUGCAGAUUGAAACUAAGGUGUGCCUUGAGAUUAUAUUUUAGGUCCUAUUAAAAGAAAUGAUGCUAUUAAAGUUACAACUAAAAAGCUCAUAAUCGUACAUCAAACUCUCGCCAUCUGCUCAGCUGCUGCAAACGAGUCCUCUCGUCAAGUGAAGGCUGGAGACACUGUGCGCAGUCAGAAAGCUGAUAUGCCUUCAAGUGUUUUUGUUUAAUUAGAUCCCAGAAAGAGGAGUAAUAUGAACUCUAUACUACAACAUCAAGUUAUUUUUUUAAGAAAUUAAUGUCUGUAAUUAAUAUGCUAAUUAAAGUUGAAAAAAAGCUCCAAAAAUUAAUGAGAUCCCUGAUAAUUUAGGGAAACCCUGUGGUGCAGGUGUGAAGCUUCCAUUAUUUGGUUAUUAGAGACACGUGACAGCCUAAUAAUGUCGCCCACAUACAACAUGGCACAGAGGUGGGCUGUGAAAAAUGUAAUGUAGACGCUACUGGCUUUUAACCCUUUGAAAUUCGAGUAAAAAGGCUUGAUUUCUUUCAAAAACGCAGGAAGAAGGCGACGAGCAGCUGACCACAGGAAAUGACUCAAAGAAAUUAGUAAAAAGUUGCAAAAUUAUGUAAAAAUAAGCACAAAAAAGAGCAUAAAAAAACAAA